AUGAACAAGUUAAUCUUGGUCGUUUUACUUGUUGCCUCCUUCAUCUUAGCUAUUGAGGCAGCCAAGGGACCUUUCAAUGCUCUCCCAGAAUCUGAAAUGCAACAACUUUUCACUCAAUUCCGUAGAAAACAUGUUAAAUUAUAUGGUACUAAACAAGUCCAAGAUAGAAGAUAUCAAAUUUUCAAGCAAAAUGUCGAAAGAGCAAGAUUUGAGAAUUACUUGACUGAAAGAGACAAUAUGGGUGUUACCAGAUUCUCUGAUUUGACCCCUGAUGAAUUUAAGAGCAUGUUCUUGAUGAAGAGUUAUACUCCAAAGCAAGCAAGAGAACUUUUGAGUGGAAUGAGACAAUAUCCAGCCAAUGCCAAGUUGACCAUGAAGCAAGUUAGUGAUGCUCCAAAGGAAUUCGAUUGGAGAGAACACAAUGCUGUUACACCAGUUAAAGACCAAGGUAACUGUGGAUCUUGUUGGACUUUUAGUACUACUGGUAAUGUUGAAGGAAUGUAUGCUGCCAAAACUGGAAAGCUCAUUAGCUUGUCUGAACAACAACUUGUUGAUUGUGACCAUAAUUGUGUUGUUUGGGAAGGUGAAAAGACCUGUAAUGCUGGAUGCAAUGGUGGUUUGAUGUGGAGCAGUUUCGAACAUAUCAUCAAGACUGGUGGUUUGGUUACUGAAGAAUCUUAUCCUUAUGAAGCUGUUGAUAAUAGAUGUAGAUUCAAUGUUUCUAAUGCUGUUGUCAAGAUUUCCAAUUGGACUUUUGUUUCUUCCAAUGAAGACGAAAUGGCUGCUUGGUUGGCUAACAAUGGACCAAUUGCUAUUGCCAUCAAUGCUGAUUAUCUUCAAUAUUAUAGAAAGGGAAUUCUCAAUCCUUCAAGAUGUGAUCCAGAAGAAUUGAACCAUGGUGUUUUGAUUGUUGGUUAUGGAGAAGAAAAGGCAGCCAAUGGUAAAGUUGAAAAGUAUUGGAUUGUUAAGAAUUCAUGGAGCGCAUCAUGGGGUGAGAAGGGAUACGUACGUGUCUUGAGAGGUAAGGGCGUUUGUGGAUUGAAUGCAGUUCCAUCUUCUGCUCUUAUUUAA